GUACGAUGUUGACGGUCCUCAGUCUCCCCGGCACAUGUCCUUAUCUGACCAUCGCGACACCCCGCAAAUGAACGAAGGCUUGCAGCUGACAUACACUCAAGAGCAGAUAAGCAAUUCGGUUACUCGAUGAGAAGUCGCGUCUGCGGGGAACGAUGGAGAUAAGCGAUUGAACCGGAGCGAAAUGAAUUAGAGUUGGAGCGGACGAAGCAAAGGUCAGGCGUGUUCCCGAGCGAGUGCGUGUGGAAAGAGCCGCAUGCUGUUCAAGACAGGCCUCGUCGGAUCCUAUGAUGGACCCUAUAUAACCGAGCGGGACCGUCCAUGGUUUCUCUCCUCACCGAUCACUUGCAAGAAUUAUGGCGGAUAUGGAGAUGCUGGCUCGGAGACUACGACUAUGGCUUCCUUAUGAAGCCCCAGCUUCCCUUCAUGAAGCGCGAUAGGCGCAUCGCACCUUUCUAUGGAAUCAAUCAGUCUAUGCCAAUCGUCCUCGCCUUGCUCCUCGGUUUCCAACAUGCACUCGCGAUGCUCGGCGGUCUCGUUACACCACCUCUGAUCCUCGGAGGAGCCGGUGGUGCGAAUCUCACGACGGCUCAACAGCAAUACCUUGUAUCGGCGUCGCUGAUUGUCUGUGGUAUGUUGUCUGCUGUGCAGAUCACUCGUUUCAAGAUCAAAGGAACGCCAUACUACAUCGGUACCGGGCUACUCUCCGUGGUCGGCACCUCUUUCGCCACGAUCUCCAUCGCGACAGGUACUUUCAGUCAGAUGUACGCUCGUGGGUAUUGUCCAAUUGACGCAGACACUGGGUUGAAGCUACCCUGCCCGCAAGGCUAUGGUGCACUCAUUGGUACUGCGGCUCUUUGCUCGCUCACUGAGAUUGGUAUGUCCUUCCUGCCUGCAAGGGUCCUAAAGCGAACGUUUCCACCUAUUGUUACCGGACCUGUGGUUAUGCUGAUCGGUGUUCACCUCGUUGAGACCGGUCUGCAGGGAUGGGCAGGUGGAGCUGGACUUUGUCUGAACCGUGCGACAAACGCCGCCGGCCAAAUGUUUCUCUGUGGAACUGCGAAGCCAUUGCCAUGGGGUGACGCCCGCUUCAUCGGCCUAGGGUUUUCGGUAUUCGCCACAAUCAUCCUCGUCGAACGUUUUGGAAGUCCGAUCAUGAAAUCCGCUGCAGUCGUCAUGGGUUUGAUCAUGGGCAUGAUCAUCUCCGGAGCAACCGGAUACUGGGAUAGAUCCACCAUCGACUCUGCACCUGCCGCAACCUUCAUCUGGACGCACACAUUCCCGUUGAAAAUCUAUGCACCGCUUAUCCUACCACUUAUGGCGGUAUAUGUUAUCCUGGCUAUGGAAGCAAUUGGUGAUAUCUCCGCCACUUGUGAUGUCUCACGCAUCGAGGUCGAAGGCCCUGAAUUCGAUUCCCGUAUUCAGGGUGGUGUGCUGUCUGAUGGAUUCAAUGGCUUGCUUGCUGCUUUGAUGACUAUGACCCCGCUUUCAUGCUUUGCUCAGAACAACGGUGUUAUUGCACUUACUCGGUGUGCUAACAGGACGGCUGGGUACUGUUGCUGUAUGUUCCUCUUCCUCAUGGGUGUAUUCGCCAAAUUCGGCGCCGUUUUUGUGGCGAUCCCAGCUUCGGUGUUGGGUGGAAUGACCACUUUCCUCUUCUGCUCCGUUGCUGUCUCCGGAAUGAGGAUUAUUGCUUUGGUGCCUUUCAACCGCCGCAACCGCUUCAUUCUCACGGCAGCACUGUCGCUCGGUUUCGGUGCCGUCCUUGUUCCUAACUACUUCUCCUACGUAUUCACCUACGAAGGAUCAAAUCACGCACUAAGGGGGUUCUACGAUGCGAUCGAGUUGGUGAUGGGAACUGGAUUUGCCGUGGCGGCGUUGAUUUCGAUCUUCCUUAACCUCGUUCUUCCUGCGGAGAUGGAAGAGGAGAAGGAGGCAGUGACGGCGGUGUUGGUGUCGUACGCGGUUGAGGGGUCGAGGGAGGACCAGCUAGGGACGAAGUGGAUUGUGAUUCCGGAAGAAGCGAGAGGUUGGAUAAAGGCUGUAUCCCAAGCAGUGCCUGGUGGUGAGCCGAAUGUUGUUUCUCCGGAGAAGGUGCUGACAAAAUCUCCGUCGUGA